ACCAUUUUCGUCGACUAGGCUUAGUUUCAAGCUCCUCUGUCGUCUCGCCCAAGCACAAAACCUUAUUAAUGCAGUCUUCAAACUGCAGCCGUCUGAUGGACUUUAAAGUCAAAGAUCUGACGGUGGACAAGCGGCGGCUCGUCCAAGUUUCGGAUAACGCCACUCUAGCAGACGCCUUAAACGUCAUGGUGGCAAACGGAGUAAGAGCCGUACCGGUGGCUGCGGCACCAGGACAGUGGUUAGGGGCUGGUGGAUCCAUGAUUGUGGAGUCGGACAAAGAGACAGGAAGUGCAAAGAAACAGUACAUAGGAAUGGUGACGAUGCUGGAUGUUGUGGCGCACAUCGCCGGAAACGAGGGAGAGAAUGGGCUCGAUAAGAAAAUGGCUGCUCCUGUCUCUUCUAUCAUUGGUCAUUGCCCUGAGGGUCGAAGCUUAUGGUCUCUCAACCCCAAUACCAGCAUAAUGGAUUGCAUGGAGAUGCUGAGCAAAGGAAUCCAUAGAGUAUUGGUUCCAUUGGACGGUAACAUGGAGAGUAUAUCAGGACCAGAGUUGGUUGAGUCAGCCUCUGCUUACACGAUGCUGACUCAGAUGGAUCUCAUCUCCUUCAUCCUCCACCGAUCCUCCUCCCAUCUCCAUGCUAUCCUCUCCCGCACGGUCGCCAGUCUCUCCGCUGUAAACGAUACCGUUUUAGCCAUCACUAGCCAGGCCAGAGUAAAGGAUGCAGUUAAGUGCAUGAGUGUGGCAAUGCUUAAUGCCGUUCCAAUCGUUGAAGCCUCUAGCGAUGAAGAGGAUCAUAGACAGCUCGUGGACGGGAAAAACAGGAGAGUGGUUGGGACGUUCUCGUCGAGUGAUCUGAAGGGAUGUCAUUUAGCCACGUUGCGUUCGUGGUUGCCGUUAAACGCGCUGGAGUUCGCUGAGAAAAUCCCAAGAACGCCUUUGUUCGCCGCUGCCACGUCAACACCUGGGAGGGAGCUCGUGACAUGUCACGUGACGUCCACCUUGGCCCAAGUGAUCAGUAUGGUCACCGCGAAACGUGUACACAGGUUUUGGGUCGUAGACCACAACGAUGGGCUUCAAGGCCUCCUUUCUCUUACUGACAUUAUCGCUGCCGUCCGAUCCGCUUUGCUCUCCACUCCUCACCAUCUCUAAACCCAAUAUCGCCUUCUCGAGUUUCUACUGUAUUAAUUGGUUUCUACCAAUUUUUUUUUUUUUUAAGAAAAACGUCCACACUUUUAUUUCCUUUUAAUG